AUGGCUCCAUUUUUCAACAUUGUUUCGAAUGACUUCGAAGAUGAUUACAUCGUCGUGCUCCUGGACAUGACAAACACCGAGGAUGCGGACGAUGCCAUCUGGCAAAUCGGCGUCUUCGACGCUCACUGCCAUCCGACUGACAUCAUGGCCUCGGUCAGGGACAUCCCCAGCAUGAAAGCGAGAGUCCUCACCGUCAUGGCCACGAGAUCACAAGACCAAGAGAUGGUCCGGGACACGGCGAGGAAAUACCCUCUGAAGGAGUCGACUUCUAAUUCUGGAGGAGAGACUUCGCAAUACGUGGUCCCUGCCUUCGGAUGGCAUCCUUGGUUUUCUCACCAACUGUAUGAUGACCUGAAAGAGGAGGAUAUUCACCCUGAUCAAGUUGAUCACUACAAGGCAGUCUUGAUUCCAGAACCCGAUGACGAGGAGUUUCUUAAGUCCCUCCCUGCUCCUCGAUCGUUACGAGAGUUUCUUAAGGAGUCGGAGGAGAGACUGGAGGAGUUCCCCUAUUCAUUGGUGGGGGAGGUCGGUCUGGAUCGCUCAUUUCGGCUGCCACAUGGCCCCAGUGCCAUGACCGGCGACAUGAAGAACAAGACUGGCGGUUCAGAUGAAGAUUACACGCCGGGCUCCCGCGAAGGGAGACCUCUCUCGCCGUAUCGCGUCAACAUUGAGCACCAAAAAGUCGUCUUAAAGGCCCAGUUCGAGCUUGCUGCAAAGCUACAGCGGCCGGUCUCUGUGCACAGUGUCCAGGCUCAUGGGUUAGUCUUUGACCUCCUGCAGGGGCUGUGGAAGGGCCAUGAGAGACCAUCGAAGAGAGAGAGAAAGAGGGCCUUGAGCGCCCCAAAGGCCCAUCAGGGCGAGGGAAAUGCAGAUACUCGUGGUCAAGACAGGAGACUUCCUUUCCCGCCACGGAUAUGCAUGCACUCCUAUUCCGGGCCUCCAGAUGCAUUGAAGCAAUUUCUCGCCCCUACAGUGCCGGCAGAAAUCUACUUCUCCUUCUCGACGGCCAUCAAUUUCUCCAAUGUGUCGACAGCGAAGGUCACCAGCGUCAUCCAAGCGGUGCCCGAAGACAGGAUUCUGAUCGAGAGCGACCUCCACUGUGCUGGGGAAACCAUGGACAGGCUUCUUCUCGAGAUCCUACACAAGGUCUGCGAGGUGAAAGGGUGGGAUUUACGAGAAGGGGCCCACAAACUGAAAUCAAACUGGGAGAACUUCAUCUUCGGCGCCAGGUCCCGUUCCUAG